UGAAUAGGCGCAUCCAAUUUGUAUUUGGAUGGAUCUAGAGCUUAGGGAACUAUAAAAGGAGUUGGCUCGUUAUAUUCAAGCUCAUCCAUUAAUUAUCCGACAACAAGAACGAAUCGUAAUGAAGCUUUCACUUUUCAUUGGAUGUCUGACGAUAGCGUUCGUAUGGGGACAGCAGCUUCCUCCAGAUAUAGAUAAAUGUCAGGCUGGUGAUGCGAUCUGCAUUGCCAAAACUAUCACCUACAUCUUACAGUCUUAUCCCAAGGGAAUACCCUCAAUUGGACUAGAUGCCGUGGAUGCCAUUAGCUUUCAGAAUGUGAUCGUUAGCCGGAUGGAAUCCUCAAAGUUGGAUCUAAAAUUCCAUACCCUCACCGUGCGAGGCUUUGAGAACACCACCGUUCUGGAUGCCAAGGGAUUCGAUGCAGAUAUACCACGGGUCUUCGAACUGAGUGCUUUUACUCCUCUGCUGCGACUUGAAGGGGAAUACGAGACCCAAGGCAUUCUUCUGACCAUGCCCAUCCAGGGCCGGGGACAGGCGUUGGUUGAACUAAAGAAUUGCCAGUUUCGGUGCAAGGUGAGGGCUGUGGAAGAUCAACGUUUGGAUGGCAAACGCUAUUUGGAGAUACCAAAGGUUAAGUGUUUGGUGGAUGUUCAGAGCAUGCACAUAAACUUUGACAAUUUGUUCAACAACAAGGAUUUGAGUGACACUAUGAAUGAUUUGGCCAACAAUAAUUGGUUUGAAAUCUGGAAAACACUGCGAAAAGGCAUCAACUCGGCACUGGAUCAGGUGGCCGGAACAAUACUCAGGCGAGUGGCCAAAAAAUUUUCGUAUGAUGAUUUCUUUCAAGAAUAGAAGUGAAUAGAAUAAAAUAUAUGUACAUACUCGAAUAAAUGUUGCAUCUUUUUGAA